AUGUCAACUUGUGAAAUAACAAGUGGUAAUUGUAGGAAUUUUCCAUUGAUUUUAGCAGUUGAUUGUGCAAUAAUUAUUCCAAAUACUAAUUUUAUUCAUUCAUUUUUAAUUUAUUCCUUGAGAAUUUAA